AUGGGCAGCUUGCCGAAGUUGCUUGAAGACGUGAAGAAGGUUGGGGCCCACGAUGGUCACUGCCGCGACGGCUCGGACGCUACCGAGAACGACGACAUCUCCCACGUAGAAGAGGAGAGCACAACAUCGGGGACGGGAGAUGAUGAUUCGGACGAUGAGCCUUCGGUUUCUUCCCCCGAUUUCUCCCCCAGGAUGGAGAUGGCAGCCCACAAGGAGGAUGGUGGAGGUCAUGAGAAACACUGGCCGCACGACGAGAAGAAUGCAGAAAUGCUUCGUACGGCUGACAUUGGCGUCAAGCUCGAGCCCGCGAUGACGGAGGCAGGCGGCCAGACUGGGCGGGAGGAGGAGCAGGAGGAGGUCGAAAACAUGGUAUUGAAUCGAGCUGUAAGAGCAGCCGGUCCUCCGAUGGAUGGCGAGGAGCCAGAGAGUCGCAGUGCUGAAGGAGGCAGGGAAGAGCAUGUCCUUGAAACGUCAUGGGGAAUCUCCGACAUGGCUGAGCAGAGCGACAAGUCGAGCCAGUGCAGGUGCAGGAUUGCAUGA